AUGCCGCAGAAUGACUUUGUUGAAAAAUACAUGAAGAAGCACGGCAGGCGGCUUGACUACGAGCUGAAGAAGUACAAGAAAGGCAGAAGGGAGGAGAAGAGCGUUCAAAAGAAGGCGAGAACGUUGAUUGGGCUGAAGGCGAAGAUGUUUGCAAAGAAGCAGCAUGCAGAGAAAAUCCAGCUGAAGAAGGAUCUGAAGAUGAAGGCAUCGAAGCAGAAGAGUGUGGAGGCCAAGGCAGAGUACGAGCCGCUACCACAUUUCUUGUUGGACAGAGAAAUGAAUGAAAAGGCGAGGAGCAUCAAUGACAAGAUCAAGCAGCAGCGCCAGGAAAAGGGAUCGAAGUACUCGGUCCCGAUACCAAAAGUGCACGCACUUCCUGAGAAGGAGGUGUUUGGGGUUGUUGCAAGUGGAAAGCGUAAUUCGAAGCAUUGGAAGAGGAUGGUUACAAAGCCAUGCUUUGUUGGGGACGGUUUCACGAGGAAGCCGCCGAAGUAUGAACGAUUCAUAAGGCCCAUGGCAAUGAGAUUCAAAACGGCACAUGUGAACUACCAGGAGCUGAACUCCACAUUCAACCUGAAGAUACUUGGAGUAAAGAGCAAUCCACACUCGGAAGUGUAUACAGGGCUUGGCAUUUUGACGAAAGGGACGAUUGUGGAGGUCGAUGUAAGUCCUCUUGGCCUAGUCAAUGGAGCAGGCAAGAUCAUUUGGGGAAAGUAUGCUCAGAUAACGAAUAAACCGGAAAACGACGGGUGUGUGAAUGCAGUCCUUCUUUCGUAG